GUAUCGUUGAAUAACACGCAUGUGGCUUUUGUCGCGUUUUUGUCGGAAACAAUAGAGGAAAAUAUAUUGGGAACAAAACACACGGCGGCAAAGUUAUUAAUAUUUUGUAAAAUCACGGCAAAAUUUGCAUAUAAAUAGUUCAAUAAAAAAAUAAUUUUAUUUUCAAUAUUCUUAUGUUAAGGAAAUUUCUGCAAAACUGAUAAUUUAUGAAGUUCUCAAAUGUGUUAUCGAGAGAAAAUUUGAUAAACCCAGAAAAAAAAUUGCGUAUACAUUCUGUGAAAAAAAAAAACAAGUAUAUUCAAAGGUCCCAUUUACGGCUUGUGUUUGUAAUAUAGAUUAAAAUUUGAUCAAAAGAUAUAUGUUUCAACAAUUGUAAAAAAACAAAAGUUGCUGGAUUAGACGUGAUUUCUUGAAAUUCCGCCAUAAAUUACAUAGCACCCAUGCCCGUUUCAGUGUGUGAACCCGUAGGUAACGUUAGCGCAGUUUUGCGGGAAUCGUUGGGAAAUGGGUAUUCAAGCAAUGGUCGAAGUAUUUGUAAAACAGGCGGUGUGGGCGACAACUACAUGAACGAAGAUGAUGGUUGUCUGCAAACAAAACUUGCUGUUACAGCAAAACGUGUAUUACUCUCGAAUAUUGAAUAUGAGGAGGUCACAAACUACGGUCAAUCGGUUUUAGGCGCACUAAAAUCAAAAUAUGAUAUUUUGAAAGCCAGUACUGCUUCUAAAAGCUUUGACUACUUAACCCUUGGAAAAAAUAAUUCGGAAAAAAAUGAUGUUGCAGCUAAUUCCGGAACAUCCAAUAACGGAUCGAAUACCACCACAGCUAAGCGCCAAAAUCCUAACGAGUUGCCACAACCAAAACGAGUCCUAUAUCCUCGUGAAAACGUAAUAAUUGGCUGGAAAAAUUCAGUUCGAAAAUGGCAAAUUGGAGUCGGUAUGAUGAAUGUUGGAAAUACAUGUUAUUUAAAUUCCACGUUGCAAGCAUUAUUUCAUGUCCCGGCAAUGGCUAACUGGUUGAUGUCUGAUGCUAAGCAUAUACAAAAUUGUGAAGCGUCGGAGAAUUGUAUAAUAUGUGCAAUGAUUAAGACUUUGGAGGCCUCACAAUCCAAUCAAUCGGCAAUACGCCCCUAUUUGGUUUACUCAAAACUAAAAUUUAUUUGUAAACAUCUACUUAUGGGUCGACAAGAAGAUGCUCAUGAGUUUCUUAGAUACCUGGUUGAAGCUAUGGAGAAAUCAUAUCUUACACGAUUCCGGAACUAUAAAGAAUUGGAUCAGUAUAGCAAAGAGACAACACCGCUUAAUCAAAUUCUCGGUGGUUAUUUGAAAUCGGCAGUACGUUGUUUAGCAUGUGGACACGUUUCGGUAACUUUUCAGCAUUUCCAAGAUUUACUAUUAGACAUUAGAAAAGCUGAUACCGUUGAAGAGGCUUUAGAAGGCUACUUUUCCAGAGAACGUUUGGAAGAUAUGGGAUACAAAUGCGAAUCUUGCAAAAAGAAGGUUUCCGCUACUAAGCAGUUCUCCUUGGAGCGAGCACCAUUUGUUUUAUGUAUACAGUUAAAGCGGUUUUCCGUAAUGGGCACCAAACUUAAUAAACAAAUAACAAUCAAGCCCCGCAUCGAUUUGUCUAGAUUUCUAUCGCGAAAAGAAGUUAGCGAACAGUUAUCUUAUAAAUUAGUUGCUAUGGUAACUCAUUUAGGAGCUUCACAACAUUGUGGACAUUACACUGCCAUUGGCCUGACCGAGUCCGGUUCUUAUUAUAACUACGAUGAUAGCUAUGUACGUCCCAUAUCUGUACAAAAUGUUUGCAAUACAAAUGCUUAUAUUAUAUUUUAUGAACUUGAUAAAUAUCAACGCUCUGCAAAUAGUACUGAAUUAAGCGGUAUUAAUGACGCUGUUAAAGAAAAUUCACAAAAACAAAACGGUUAUACAAAGGCAGAAAGCUCUUUUUCUUCGGAAAUGAAUAGCUCAACUAAUUCGCAACAUAAUUUACCAACGGGUCCCAUUAAGUCCACUACACCUUCGUAUUACAUCAACAAACCGUCCACUAGUAAUGGUUCUAUAGCAAAUAAACUAUCUGUUAGUCGUCAGAUACAUUUUAAAACUCAGAUUAAUACCACGCCGCUAAAAUGCAGUACUAUACCAGCUAAACUACCAACCAAUUCAGAAAAUCGAAACAUAACUCAAAGGUCCUUAGAAUCAACGCCAAACACUAUAGAGGAAAAUAGUGGCGAGAAGAAGUUACUUACAUUGAAUGGUGAAAAUCAAGUGUGUUCUUCUGUGGAAAUCAAACGAAAUAAAAGUUCGGAAUUGGUAUCGCUACACAAAGCAAGCGCAACUCUACCCAGCAUGCCAAAUUUAUCCGAUGCUCAAAAUCAAAAUAUAACUCAGCAUACCAAAAAUUCUACACUGUUAGCCACUCCUUUAAAGAGCCUUGUACCGUAUGAAUCUGAAACAGAUGAAGAAUUGAUGGCAACAGAAGUGAAUGAUAUGAUAACCUAUUCAGAAGAGUCAAACAAGAAAAAAAAAGAUAUUAGAAGUGCUAUUAAACGCCCUUUAGAUAGCCCUCUUCGAAGUUCCACUGCAACUGAAAAUGUGGUUAAACCGAAAAAAAUGGCUAUCAUGAAUGAGAAUGAAUGUAGUAGUUCAGCCCAUGAUCAAAAUUCCUCGAUGACACACACAACUGAUUUUACAAACGAAAUAUUGACCUCAAGCUCCAAUGAUCAAAGCAAAGUCAAAUUACAAAAGUACGGAAACAAUCAAAGUAAACUUAAUUCCAACAAAUCCGACGAGACAUAUACUAAUCGUUCAAAGAGAAAAGAGAAAGUUGACUUGUUUGAUGAAAUUUUUAAUCAAACCAAACGAGCUAUUAACAGAGAUGAUGCAGUCUCCAUAGAUGGGCUUAUAAAUAACUCACAUGAUGAUGUAGAAAGUGAUGAUCAUUUAAAAUCAUCAAAUGUUUUGCGUCCACCUUUCGUACGUUCGCAUUCAACCCCACCAUCACCACCUGUUAUUAAAACCAAAACUGGUUUAUGGCAAGUAACCACUUUGCAGCCAGUAACAGCAUGCAUUAGUCCUCCGGAAAAGGUAGUAAAAAAUUCCAAGAAUCCCUUUGCCAAAAAGUCGACAGAUUCAUUCAAUAAACGACAAAAAACAAACGGUGAAUCAAAACCUGAAAAGGUUUUUGUUGGCAAUGGUUAUAGAUGCAGUAAUGGAAAUGAAAGUUCUGUAUCAGGUUUAAUGAAACAGUCUCAUCGUGGUUACGGUGUCCCCGUACUGUCAUGGAAGGGCGAACAAGCAAAAAUAUCUAAAGAGGUUGAAAGUGAUGCCCAACAGCAACGUCAGCACGACUGGCAGGACGAAGAAGAUGCCGAAAUAGAUCGUGGGCGGCAGAAAAAGGUGAAAAAUAAGGAUUCUUCGCAGUCAGAUAACCGAAUACCCGGAUUUAAUCCGUUUCAAGAAGAGGAGGAUCAAAGACGGUGGAGAGUUGGUAGCGCCGCACACCGACAUUAUAGUGGUCAUAUUCGUCAACAAUUCCAGCGCAAUAAAUUCAAAUUUCAGCGCUUCAAUCCAAAAUUCCAGCGAAUGACGGCUAUAUCAUAUAAGCGAAACAACCAUAGAAUGAAUAAUAGCUAUUCGCGUAGGAAUUCAUAACAUAGUACUAAAAUGAUUUUUAUAACUAUAAAUAUUCAUUGUUUUUCAACAUAAGUUAAGUGACUGCUCGAUUAAAAUAGUUGAAUACAUUAUCUAUACUGAAAUUACAUUUUGACAUAGAUGCAAAAAAAAAAUAUUUAUUGUAUUAAGUAAAAAAAUAAGGAACCUAAAGGCACACAGUGCAAAUGAGUUUGAAAUAAUAAUAGAAAUAAGAAUGUAUGUAAUAAUUUAAAAGAAACUUGCAUUAUAUAUCUACUUAAAUCGUUAUUAUUUGCGAUUCCUUCAAAUUACUACGUAUAAUAGUACUACACCACCAUUUUAGAUUUCCAUCAUUAAUAUUAUUUUAUCUUAACCUAUAGUAAUUCUUAUAUAUACAUAAACCGAAGUUUGAAAGUUCCAAAUAAAUUGUGAACAAAAGACUUUAAUAAACAAACAUAUGUUUAUACAUGUACAAUAGA